AUGCCUAGAGAUAGUUCUUCUUCUGAUGAAAGGAAUGAAGGAUCCACUACAACUAAUGUUGUGGAUUCAUCUCAUCCUUACUACAUACACCCAUCAGAUUAUCCAGGGAUGAAUUUGGUGGGUGCUCUCUUUGAUGGUAGAAGCUAUGGAGGAUGGAGAAGGGCUGUCAUCAUAGCCCUUUCAGCUAAGAACAAGUUAGGAUUCAUUGAUGGAUCCUUAAUUGUUCCAGCUAUUGAUCUUAUACUCCAGAAAGCUUGGAAAAGAUGCAACAAUAUGUUACUCUGGUCUGACCUGGAAGAUAGAUUUGGUCAGGAAAAUGGGGCAAAAUUAUUUCAACUUCAAAAGGAAUUAAAUGCACUGACACAAGGAAACCUUAUCAUUUCUACCUAUUUCAUAAAAAUGAAAAGUCUAUGGGAUGAACUAGAUGCAAUGAAUACUUUUUCAGCAUGUGUAUGUGAGUGUAAGUGUGGUGCAAAAGAGAAGACUGUGAAGGCACAUCAGGAUGAGAGACUCUUGCAAUUUUUGAUGGGUCUAAAUGAGACUUUCAUAGGAGUAAGGAGUAAUAUUUUGUUGUCUUCACCACUUCCUACUAUUGGGCAAGCUUACUCUUUGGUUAUUCAAGAUGAAAAACAGAGAGAAAUUCAUGCAACCCCUAAUUACCCAGGGGAAUCAUCCUCUUUUAUGGCAGCUAACCAACAUCCCAGGAGGUUUAAUGAUCAUAAGAAUCAAAAACUUGCCUAUGACACUAAGAAAACCACAGUUUACAGCAACUACUGCAAGAAACCAGGACACACUAUUGACAAAUGUUACAAGAUUCAUGGUUUUCCAGCUGAUUUCAAAUUUACAAAGCAAAGAAAGUUUCAAAAUAAUAUUCAAUCUAACAAUGCAUUCAGUUCAGCAGAUGAUCCACAAUAA